UGUUGCUGCUGGUGAGGCGUUUGGUGAUGCCGCAUUCCCUGCACCGGAGCCGCGGGAGGAUGAGCGCCGAGCAGCUAGCACACUGAGAGUGGAUUAACCUGGGAAUGGCUGAAUCCACAGCCGCUGCUCGGAAGCACAGUACAGCAGCAGGAGCCGCAUCGGUGCCCGGGAUUACACAACCAGCACCUCAGGCUGCUGGAACGGGAGGGGGCGGCUCGGAGGGGGACUCGUUUUCUCUUGGGGAAAUAUUGGAUUUAUAUAACCAACCGAUCAAUGAGGAGCAGGCUUGGGCUGUGUGUUACCAGUGCUGCGGAGCCUUGCAGAAGCGGAGGGAGUCUGGGAGCCACGGGAUUAAGCUGUCAGGGGCAUCUGACAUACGAAUCCGCAGAGAUGGCACUGUCAGCAUCAGCUCGGGAGCAGGUGAGCCAAGUAAUUCCAGAUGUACAGAAACAGAGGUCAUUGUAUCAGUUGGUAUCAUCAUUUACAAAGCUCUUGAUUAUGGGUUAAAAGAGAAUGAGGAAAGAGAACUGAAUCCGCCACUAGAACAGCUGAUCGAUAACAUGACCAACAGUGCAGAGACUGACGGAAGUAAUGAUGAAGGCUAUGAUGCUUUGGACGAGGAAGAGGAAGACAACCAUGAAAAGGCAGAGUUCAGGCAUUCGUACAAAAAUGUUAUGAAGAUUUGUGCCUCUCACCUGCCAACUCCAUCUGAAGCUCCUAAUCAUUACCAGGCGGUAUGUCGGGCCCUGUAUGCAGAAACCAUGGAGCUGCACAUGUUCCUGACCAAAAUAAAAAGCGCAAAAGAGAGUUUAAAGAAGAUUCAGGCAAUGGAAAAGAACACAAGUAACAAACCUGGCACAGAUCUCGAUGAUUUGAAAAAUGCAGACUGGGCCCGGUUCUGGGUGCAAGUAAUGAGAGAUCUACGAAAUGGUGUCAAACUCAAGAAAGUGCAAGAACGCCAGUAUAACUUGUUACCAAUAGAAUAUCAGCUCACACCAUACGAAAUGCUCAUGGACGAUAUUCGUUCCAAACGUUAUACCUUAAGGAAGGUCACGGUUCAGGGUGACAUCCCACCACGAUUAAAGAAGAGUGCUCAUGAAAUAAUCCUCGAUUUCAUACGAUCCCGACCCCCACUAAAUCCUGUAGCUGCACGAAAGUUAAAACCCACUCCUCCUCGACCGCGAAGCCUACACGAGAGGAUUCUGGAGGAAAUCAAGGCUGAGAGGAAGCUGCGUCCUGUGUCUCCUGAUGAGAUGAGGCAUAGCCGGCUAGACGUACCCUCGCCAGAUGUCUCUAGAAAACAGUCAGUACGCUCUGUGUUAAACGGUGGUGUGCUGCAAGAGUCCAAGGUGGACGGCCGGACCCUGCAAGUGGCAGUCCAGAGAAAGAGACUUCUGAAAGCACCAACAUUGGCUGAGCUGGAAAGUUCAGAGUCUGAGGAGGAUUCAGUGCGCAGGUCCACGAGCAGCAGCAGUGUGUCCACUUCCCAGGCCGAAGACGUAUCCCCAGAAAAUGCAACUACCAGGAAAGCACCACCCAAAUUUCUGCCCAUUUCCUCUACACCGCAACCUGAGAGACGCCAGACACCACAGAGGCGCCAUUCUAUAGAGAAGGAGACCCCGACCAAUGUGAGACAGUUCCUGCCUCCAUCUAGACAAAGCUCCAGAUCUCUGGUUCCUAGGAUAACCAGUUUCUUCCCAAGGAUGGCUUUCCGACCACCAUAUUCCACCUUGCACACAGCUUCUCUGCUGGGCUCUCAUCCUUUUGAAGCAGCCAUAAUUGGGGCCGCUGGGGCUAUGUUUUAUCUGUGUGAGAGAGCUUUUGCCAGCAGGUGGAGUGCCCCCCAGGUUUGCCGCUUUCAUUUUCAGGAGGAGUUUUGUUACCCUGUGGAAUGCCUGGCUCUCACGGUGGAGGAGGUCAUGCACAUACGUCAGGUGCUUGUGAAAGCCGAACUGGAAAAGUUUCAGCAGUAUAAAGAUGUCUACAAUGCCCUGAAAAAAGGAAAGCUUUGUUUCUGCUGUAGAACAAAAAAGUUUUCCUUGUUCACCUGGUCUUACACGUGUCAGUUCUGCAAACGACCGGUCUGCUCUCAGUGUUGUAAAAAGAUGAGAUUACCUUCCAAGCCAUAUUCUACUCUUCCCAUUUUCUCCAUGGGACCCACUGCCCUCCAGAGAGGUGAUAGUUUCCUGAGGCCUGAGAAGCCCUCCAGCAGUCACCAUCGGCCUUUGAGAAGCUUACCCAAAUUGCCCUCAAAAUCUAAGUCUGUGGACAAAUCAGAUGAUGAACUUCAGUUUCCAAAAGAGCUUAUGGAGGACUGGAGUACAAUGGAGGUAUGCGUGGACUGCAAAAAGUUUAUCACAGAAAUAAUCAGCUCCAGCCGUCGCAGCCUGACGAUCGCCAAUAAGAGAGCUCGGUUAAAGCGGAAGACGCAAUCAUUUUACAUGUCGUCCACAUCAGCUUCUGAGUUCCGCCCCACAGAGAGAACGAUUAGUGAAAUUUGAGUUGCGUGCCUUUUUUUCUCCCACAACAUGACUAUCCAUGGUCUUUUCAUGGACUUGAGCAAGCUUGAAUUUAGCUAAAUGGCACAUACUUUAUGGUUUUAACUCUGGAUUAAGCAGCAUCAUCUCAACUUAACCAUUUUAGCAGCUGGUGAUUCUUUUUGCACUGGAAGAAUGCAAGUAUUGCAUUUUUUUAUUUCUCAUUUUGUAUAAAUAUUUGCUCAUAUUACAUGGACAGAAUUUCUCCUGGAGCUCAAAGAAAGUCUUUUGCUCUCCUGAAUGAACCAUUAAUGACAAUGCUAUCUUUGUUACCUCAGCACUGAAAGUUCCUUCCCAUCUACAUGUUCUGUGGAGAGAGUUUUUGCAUUCUAUGUUUUCAAUGUCCUUGACUGUAGUUUAAUAUCCGUUAAAUAAUUUUCGCCAAAACAAGAAUUUAUUGUCAUUAUCGGAUGAUACUGUUUAGCAUCAGUAAUUUUUUGUACUGAGAUAUAACUGUUUCGAAUAUAAUGUAGCUGUACAAAGCAGGCUGUGGUAUGUUAAAUCCCUAAAUAGGAACUCAAAUAAUACACUGUUAGUUCAAGUGAUAAUUCCGCCAGUGCCAAAUCAAGUCUUCCCAAGAAAAAGAUCGGUCUAAUUCCUUCACAUGCCUAUGCAUAGUUUAUGCACCAGGUUUCUGUUGAGUGUUUAAUUCAAAAAGUCACCGCAACAAGAAAAUGUAAUGAA